UAUUUGCAUCUGUGACGUCAGUGGUCACGCAGAAGUAGAAGAGUUAAUAGCAGCGAAUGGACAGAUUAUGAAAGUCAGCAAACUUCUCCACAUCUGAAAGAUUACCCGGACAAGUGACUAAUAUCUGUCACGUAUUCGAUACCAGAACCUUAUAUAAUGGACGUAUAUUGCUGCAGACGCUUUCGCUGUUUUGAUCCGACUCAAAUUGACAGGGAUGAGCAACUUGCUAGCCUUCGGUAAUGAUGUGCCCCGUGGUCGAGACAUUAGCAAGCUAGAUCCAAAUUAGAUGUGUUGUCAUUACUUGAGAAAAAAAUCUGUCGAUUUGAGAACAAAACCUGUGGUGAUUACUGCCGACUACGGUCAACUGACGAAAUCUGACUGAGUUGUGAAAGCCUAAAUGCUAACUAGCUAGCAGAACAGUAUUGGGAAAGCAGCGCUAACGUUAUCUAGCUUGCUAGACAGUUAGGGACAGACAAGGUACUGGAGGCUGCUGUGUUAUGCUGCGGAAGACAUGGCGCUAGAACCACUGACGGACGUGCUCUGCGAAUCUAAUGGAGGAAGAACCAACGACUCCGAAGUUCCCAGACCUACAAGCCGACAUCAACCCGAACUGGGGCCGAACCCGAAUAACUUUUCUCGGCUGUGCAGCAGGGACGAGGCGGAGAGGGCAGAGGCGCUGGAAGAACUGACCCAGAACGUCAUGUCCCGGUUGGGUCUGGACCGACCCGGUUCUGCUCGUCUCGAUAAACACACUCUCCUGCAGCUGCUGCGGGUCUCCCGGUCCUGCCCCUUACAGGAGGUCCGAGAGAGGGCAGCGGAACUGCUGCGGACUGCACAGGAGCGAGGUGUUGAGAUUCCUCAGGCUUUGGCCUCCGGUCCUAGUGCCUUCAUCCCUGCGCAAGUGAUUUUGGAGGAGGGGCCAGAUGAGGAAGUUCUGAUAGAAGCCUUCCUCUCAUUGGGCCGUUUUGACCACAUCACCAUGGUGAUGGCCCUUCACCCCACCUACCUCAGCUGCUUCCUGCGUACCCAGCAUGCUUUGCUGGAGCUGGAUGGCCCGCUGCCCCGCCCCUGGAGGCACUACAUCGUUGUCAUGGCCGCAGCUCGUCACCAGUGUUCCUACCUUGUCCAACAGCAUAGUGCAGGGUUCCUGGAGGCAGGGGGGGAGGAGAGCUGGCUGGAGGGGCUACAAAACACACACCCCAAAAUACGCUGCCUACACACACUCAACAAGCUGCUGGCACACAGACCCUGGCUCAUCACACAACAGCACAUACAGGAGUUGGUGUGUCCCGGGGCGGACGCUCGUUGGUCAUUGGCUGAGCUGAUCCACGCAGUUGUCCUGAUGACUCACUCUCAUUCGCUGUCCUCCUUCGUUUGGGGGUGUGGCCUACACCCUGAGCCCGACCACGUAGGAGGCCACGCCUUCUGCCCGCCAUCACCAUCCAAUAACAUGCCGCAAAGCACUCACAGUCCCGCCCCCGAGGACGGCAAGCCAGAGGAUGGAGUGACGGAGGUGGAGGUAUUGAUGAAGAGGAUGGUGGAGUUACAACAGCAGGAGGAGGAGUGUAGUCAGGAAGAGAUGAUCACUCGCUUUGAGAGGGAGAGGAGCGAGAGCAUACCUACUGCAGUGGUACGGGGAGCCCCCUCUGACUUGGUGUUGAGGUUGGUGGAGGAUGCAGAGUUCAUCUAUGAAGACUUCUCCAUCCGAGGAGAACAGUCACCUCCUACCAUGAGAGCACAGGACUACUCAUGGGAAGACCAUGGAUUCUCCCUAGUGAACAGACUGUUACCAGACAUGGGCCAAUUACUGGAGGAGAAGUUCCAGGUUGUGUGUGGUCUAACCUACAACAGGAUGGCGAUGCACAAAGAUGUGGACACAUACACACUCCGCAAGGCUCUCUGGAACUACAUACACUGCCUCUACGGAAUACGGUACGAUGACUACGACUACGGAGAGGUGAAUGUGUUGUUGGAGCGAGGCCUCAAGAUGUUUGUGAAAACGGUAGCGUGUCAUCCUGAACAGACUACAGAAAGGGUCUACUCUGCCUACUGGAGACUAUUCAGACACUCUGAGAAGGUCCAUGUCAACCUGCUGCUAAUGGAGGCUCGACUACAGGCUGCUCUACUAUACACACUACGGGCGGUCACACGCUACAUGACAUGACUACAGGCUGCUCUACUAUACACACUACGGGCGGUCACACGCUACAUGACAUGACUACAGGCUGCUCUACUAUACACACUACGGGCUGUCACACGCUACAUGACAUGACUACAGGCUGCUCUACUAUACACACUACGGGCUGUCACACGCUACAUGACAUGACUACAGGCUGCUCUACUAUACACACUACGGGCUGUCACACGCUACAUGACAUGACUACAGGCUGCUCUACUAUACACACUACGGGCUGUCACACGCUACAUGACAUGACUACAUGCUGCUCUACUAUACACACUACGGGCUGUCACACGCUACAUGACAUGACUACAGGCUGCUCUACUAUACACACUACGGGCUGUCACACGCUACAUGACAUGACUACGGGCUCACAUGCUACAUGACACGACUACGGGCUGUCACACGCUACAUGACAUGACUACAGGCUGCUCUACUAUACACACUACGGGCUGUCACACGCUACAUGACAUGACUACGGGCUGUCAUGCUACAUGACAUGACUACGGGCUGUCACACGCUACAUGACAUGACUACAGGCUGCUCUAC